AUGCUGAUACGGCCAUCGCCAGGUCGCGUGCGCGCGCUGGUACACGCCGCUGGCAGAGCGGGUCGCCCUCGCCCAGCAAGCGUUCUCACCCCUCGCCCACUGCGCUCAUCACCCUCCAUCCGAACCUUCCACUCAGGACCUUCGGCAGCUCGCGUCGUCCGCAGCACCACUCUCAGCACGUUCCUGCGUCGAAUCCUUACCCAGACCACACAAUACCUCCGCCCGGCUGCCCUCCGACCGCUGCGCUCCCACAUUUCUCAGCUCUUCUCCGCGCUUCGUACCUCCCAUCUCACCUACCGCGUCCGCUCCCCGCUGCUGCGCGGCGCACUCUCAGCCUUCCGCAGCACCUCACCCUCCACCGCACGAGCGAACUACACCCAGCUCACGCAGCGCACCAUCUCCUUCGCACGCGGCACACUCUCGGGUCUCGGCGCUCGCCCCUGUGCCGGCCCGCUCACCCUCUCGCCACUGCGCGGCGGAGUAGGCCUUCAAACCACGCGCCAAUUCUCUUCCGGCGGAGCAAGAGUGUUUGACAAUCUCAUCGUCAAUGCUCCCCUUGCGCUACGACUGGUGGGUGGGGAGGUGGAUCACAAGGCGCGGCGAGGGAAGCGAGCACCACUGGCUCCUGCACGAGCUUCUGCUAGGCGAACCGGUGGGAUGUUUAGCGGUGCCAACUUGCAGCGCAACGCUCUGCGCUUCGCCACGAACAAGGCACAGCGCGUAGUGGAGAAGCCCGCAGUGUCGGUGUGCGAGUCGUUUCCCUCGACUCAGAGCGAGGCAGACUUUGAGGGAUACUUCCACUUCCCACAGCUGCCUCUCGAGAGCGGGACGCUGGUGUGCAUCCGACUGAUCGAUCCGCUGCACGUGGCGCUCGGCGGCAGGGAGCCUACUCCGCCCACCAACGACCCGCGCCUGUUCGAUGCGGCGUUUCUGCUCGAUGCGCAGACCGCACUGGAGCACGAGCAUAGGCGAUACCUCCAAGCAAAGGCGGUGUUGCGGGUGCUCUGGGGUGAAGGAUGGGUGGUGGAGAGUAUGGAGUUGGGGGAAGAGGUGUGGUCGAUGAUCGUCAUCGGACGAGCGCCAGACGAGGUGCGCGAGGUGCUGGGGAGGUGUGUUGGAUUCGAUUUUGACGAGUGGUGCACGUUCACCUCUUCCGACGACGAGGGCCGGAAGGUCAGGCAAGGAGGGUUGGAUUGGAGCGCUGUGCAUGUGGGGCAAGGGUCGUCGUUCGGCUUGUCGACGCCCUUGUCGAGUGCAGAGCAAAUGUCCACACCAGCACUGUCCAGUCUGGAGCAAGUGUCCACACCAUCACUGUCCAGCCUGGAAGAGGUGGAGGAAGAAAGCAGUCCGGCAGCGUCACUGCUCAUGUCCCUCCCAUCGAGCACAGGCCAGAGCGGCGUCGGCAGCGAGUUGUACGAUUCACGUUCGUUCUAG